AUGGCGAACCAAAAUAGAGUUAUUUAUACAAUUGACCCCUCUACCAAUCCAGCUUCAUGGCCACCUGGACAAGCUCCAGAAUUCGGCACUGCAAUCUACAGGGUCGAUGUUACUUACAUCAAUCUCAACGGGGAUUCGGACUUUCGUACGCUUCGAACCGGCACCAACAGGCAUAUUCACCAUGCAGUUAUACAGGUGACAAAGCAUAUAGCUCGAGGCCUCUACCGAAUUGUCAGUAUGAAUGUUGGCGAAUAUCAAUGCGUAGUAGUUAUGGAAACUGAGAAAUCAACCGACGAUCUUAUGUCUCAUGGGUUCCCCUGGGAUAGGGAUGAUGACCCUCAGCCAAGUGUUAUUCUGGAGUAG